AUGAAGGCGAUGCAGAAAGAAGAUUCCGUGGUGGUGAUGCGCGAACUCAAGGACAUUCGCGAUCAGAUGAGCCAGAUCUCGUUCGACGACCCGAAGUACCCGCAGCUGCGGCAGCGAGAGAAUAUAAUUCAUCAGUUUGAGCCGAUUGUGACGACGCGGACGCUGGUGUAUAUGAACCCGUGGAGCUUUGAUUAUAUCGUGAAUGGGCAUGAUAACGUGAUUGUGUUGUUUUAUACGAGUUGGUGUGUGGAGUGCCAGGACUUGCUGAAGGACAUGGAAUGA